CUAACCCAGAUAUUUGACAUACGAGCGGCUGAUCGAUGCAUCUGAUCUUUCUGACCCACACGCACUCGCAUUUCAGCUGACUCCUGCCACUGCGUGCGCUGCGCUGAACCUGUCUACUUGUCCAACAUAAAGUCAACCAAUCAGUGCAUGCUGCACACUUUGAGUCAGCAAGAUAAACGAAUUGUGCUCAACGCGCUAAUUUAUUGGUCCAAACCGACUUGUGUGCACGGUUUUUCGUGUGUUGGAACAACAUCGGCUUGAUGCGGUGGACUGACUUCAUUCACACUCCGAAUGCUACUCGCCGCCGGUCUGAGCGCUAGUUCACGGUGCUAGUUGGGAUGAAUAACACUUUGAAGCAGGAAGACUUAGACUUGUCGGCGGUCAUCCAAUCAACAGCGUUCGGCUCUAGAGGCGCUGAGUUAAUGCAACAAAAUGAGAGUACUGGUGUCUUGAAGAAUACGGCAGAACAGUUACUUGCCAAAAUUAUCACUGCAGCCUCAAAUCAGAUCAAAACGGAAGAGCCUGAUAUUAACAUGGCUGAUGGAAUUGUGGGGAGAAGUACUUCCAUGGGGUUAUUGUUGCAAGACAACAGUGAUUCACCGACACUGACAGACAAACCAAUGUUCCGAGCACUUCCGAACGAAAUGGAUAGCACAAGUGGACCUUCGGAAACCACACCAAACCCUCCCCAGGGUCGAUAUUGCUGCUCGAUAUGUUCACAGCGUUUUCGAUCCCACACUGGACUUCGACGGCACAAUUUGGAUGCACAUGUAGCCCAAGCAGUUAACUGUGAUCAAUGCUCCAAAGUUUUCAGAGACACCACUUCCCUGACUGACCACAAAAAACGUGUCCAUGGACCUCGUGAAUACGUGUGUGGAAUUUGUAGUGCAGACUUUGCUUCGGAGUCCUAUCUGCGGACGCACGUGCGCAUUCAUGAGGAAAAACGAUUCUCUUGUGUCGAAUGCACACACAGCUUCUGCAAUCCAACAGAUUUGAAGAACCACAUGCGCGUCCAUAACGGAGAAAAACCUUUUGCUUGCGAAGUUUGUGGCAAAGCCUUCAGACACGUAAGCGGAUUUUACGCCCACAUCCGUAUUCACACUGGGGAGACACCGUAUAACUGCCCACUGUGUGACAAGAAGUUCAGCAACGCGAGUAAUUUUCGCAUGCACACCAAGGUGCACACAAAAGAGAUGCAAUUCCGUUGCGAAACAUGCGGAAAAGAAUUCAUUCAACCUAGUAACUACAGUCGGCACCUACGCAUCCACACCAAAGAACGUCCCUAUGCAUGCAAUCUUUGUUCUGCACAAUUCCCCUACUCAACUUCGCUGAAGCGUCAUCAGCAACGUCAGCACGGAAUGGAACUUCUGCAGUGCCGAGCUUGCCAGAAAACGUUUCUAAAUGAGUCCAGCUUCGUUCGACACCGAACAGGAUGUGAACUGCGCGGCUGUGUAAACUUCACUGGUGCAGAAAUGUGCACCCAGUUGCUGUGACCUUAAUCCACUCAGCCCCUCUGAAACAUCACGCUGUUAUUUUCAACCGUGUUCUACAACCGUGGCUUUUGUAACUGCUUGGGUUUUCCCUUGUUUUGGAUUGGUCAUUUUUGUUUAAAUCCUCUUGAUCCAAUUUCAUCCUUCCUGUCCUCUAGCAAUCGGUUGAAAUUUGUAACCUGGUCUGUGCGGUUGUUUAUGCCCCCUCUCGUGACUACUUCGAAUAGGCCUCAGGUUGUGGUUUCAUUCAGCUCAACACACCUCCAAAUCAAAACACGCGAGCACCUGUUUCCAUCUGAUCCGCAGAACUUUGAGUGUAGCAUUUAAUCCGUUCUGGUUGGCCGUUCUUAUUCCCUUGCUCCAUUUUCUCGGUUACACUCGUGAACUAGUCCAUACAAAGAACACUUGUGUUCUGGAUUACCAAAGAUUGUAUUUUUUCCAUGAAUCAAAACAUUCACAUGCAAACACACGUGUGAUAGCUGUGCAACCACGUAUUCGGUUUGUUUUUGAUUGUAUUGCAAACUAAGAUCACAGAUUAUCCCACACUCUUGAUUGAUGAUAGAAAAAGGGGAGUGAGGAGCAUAUCUAUC